AGUGAUAUUUUUUAAUUCAGCAAAUUCUAUCGACCGUCUGUUGAAUCCGUUCCCGACGUUUCCGUUCCUCCUAGGUUACAGAGAUUGAAGGCGAAGGGGUUUAAUGGAGGAGAGGAAUUUGCGGCGGUUCGAUUGCUGAUCUUCAUCAGGAUUUUGAACUCUAUUGGGUAAUGCUGAGUGGUGGCAUUUCAUCGUUGAGCAGAAGGUGGUUUUGAUAUUUGAUUCCAAUGAUGAACAAUUUUGUGGUGGUUGAUGGUUUAGAGUUUGAGGGGGAUGAUGUUCGUUGUGAAAAUCUAACGGAAAAUGAUGUUAGCGACGAAGAAAUUGAUGAGGAAGCCUUGUCGAGAAGAAUGUGGAAGGACAGAAUUAAGCUUAAAAGGAUCAGAGAGAACCUGAGGCUUGCUGAACUACAAGCUUCUCAGAAACCGAAAGCGAAGCAGCCGUCAGACCAGGCACUUAGAAAAAAGAUGUCGCGAGCCCAAGAUGGCAUUCUCAAGUACAUGCUGAAGUUAGUGGAAGUAUGCAAUGCUAGGGGCUUCGUUUAUGGGAUAGUUCCGGACAAGGGAAAGCCGGUAAGUGGCGCCUCGGAUAAUUUAAGAGCAUGGUGGAAGGAAAAGGUAAAGUUUGAUAAGAAUGGACCUUCAGCUAUAACAGUUUAUGAAGAGGAGAUUUCUGCUACUGGGAAUAAAGACAAUUCUAGCAAGAACUGUCAUAGCCUUAUGGAUCUUCAAGAUGCUACCUUGGGAUCUCUCUUAUCUUCAUUGAUGCAACACUGCGAUCCGCCACAACGGAAGUAUCCACUGGAAAAGGGUCAUCCACCCCCUUGGUGGCCUUCUGGGAAUGAAGAUUGGUGGAUGAAUUUGGGAUUACCAAAGGGCCAGGUCUCUCCUUAUAAGAAGCCUCAUGAUCUGAAAAAGAUUUGGAAAGUUGGAGUGCUCACUGGUGUCAUCAAGCACAUGUCUCCAAAUAUUGACAAGGUCAGAACCCAUAUCAGGAAAUCAAAGUGUUUGCAGGAUAAGAUGAGUGCCAAGGAGAGCGCGAUAUGGUUAGGGGUGUUGAGUAGGGAGGAAAUGAUCGCGCAGCAACUCAGCGGCGAUAACGUAACGUCUGAAGUAACGGAAAAUCAGCAGAGCCUUCAAGAAGAAAGGCAGGAUGAUACUAACAGUAGCAGUGAAUAUGACGUUAAUGAUUUUGCUGGUGCUCCUGGUUCUGCAUCUUCAAUGGGUGCUGGAAAAACUCAGCAUAUGGAGAAUCAACCUUCCCUGGAAAUCAUUGCUUCAACAGCAAAGGAGCAGGAAAAUUCGAGUCAUGUUGUUCGGAAGAAAGAUCAAGUUAAUGAACGACAGAGGCAUAAAAGGCCUCGCCUUGAUUCAAAUCCCUCGCAUCAGUCCACUGGUGAACACCAGAAUAGAGAUGUUGCUUUAAAACCAGAAAAUGGUUUUAGUUCAAUGAAUUUGAUGGACCUUCCAUUAGCAAAAGAUCAGGCUAAUGGUCUCAUGCAGGCUAAUGGUCUCAUGCAGGCUAAUGGUCUCAUCUCAUGGAAGUGUACAGUACAGAUGGAUUGUUUGCAACUCAAACAAAUCAUGUUGGAAAUCAACUCCUGUUCUCUCAACCCAUCGAACAGAAUGUUUCAUCCCUCUCCUAUAAAUGUUGGCGUGCAAAACAUGAUUGUUGCCGGACAGCCGCUACUUUAUACAGGAAGACAAUAUGAAGAAUUCACUGCGCCUUUAGUAGAUCAUCCUGUCAAUCCCAUGAAUGUUUCAUUUCCUGCCAUCAAUCCUGUUAACAGGGAUUCAUUGCCACUGAAUGGAGGUUCAAACUCAGCUCCCAGGGACAUGCAACCAUUCAUAGAGCAGACAUAUCCUAUUGAUUCAGAUAAAUUCAUUGGUCAAUUUGAUAGUUCCGUCGAAUUGGCCAUGGAUCCCUUUGCUCUCAGUAGUCCGCUUAUUGACAUCGAUAACUUCCAGAUAGAUGAUGAAGCCUUAAUGGAAUACUUGGGAGCAUAACAAAUGUAGUCAGCAACUUGUUUUAAUUAUUUCAAGGAGAUUUUCAGACUGACUGAGUGGUGCUUUCUGGUAAGAUAACCAAAUGGUUAUCUGCUGGACAUAUUUUCUUUCAUAAUCACACUGCUGCAACAGGAUGGAUUCUUAACCAUGAUGAGAGUCCCAUUUGUACAAAUUGUUCUCUGAUUUUGCUAUGAGGUAGCAUGGAAAGCUUCCUUUGUAAAACAUUUCUUUCUUAUCCUAUGUUUAGUAAUGACCAAAAACAAUGCUCGUGUGGACUGAUUUUGUUGCAUUCAUUGCUGUUUUUUUUAUCUGAUA